AUGGACUCAAGACUACGGGACUCGGUCAUCUUCAGUCGGUCCCUCGCCCUUGCUGGGCCACACCAAACGACCGGACCUUACGGCGCUGCGCAUCCCUACCCAGUCCAAGGGGACGUCAUGUCUUGCCCUCACAUCUCUUUCCCGGCGACCGAGCUGUUGACAGGCACGCGGUACCCUGUGCGAGCAGCAGAGCCCAUGGAUUGCGGAGAUCAUUACAGUCCAGGCGAAUUGGACGCGUCCUUCUGUGCAGAUUGGAAUCGGUCUGAAACUACCAUCUGUCUGCCCUCUCCAUCACCAUUGACACGAGGAUCAACGUAUUUGCCCAAAGCCGGCCCGCGCGUGUUGGACGAGGCUCUCGGAGACCCGUUUUAUCUGGAGCAGUCUCUCGCCGCCACCCCAUCGUGGAACAGCUUCACUCCCUCGGCUUGCCAUGAGAGCUUGAAUGACCAGGAGGCUCAGUAUUGUUUAUCACUCCACGAUUCAGACCUGUUUCACACUCGCAAGACGUCCGCUGCCAUCGAUCGUCCGGACCGCUCCACCAUUGCGCAGCUUGAGUUGGAGAACAACCGGCGCUUCCAUCGCUAUACUUCAUCGACCGAAGAUACCCCUCGGGUGCUACACAGCAGUCAGGAAUCAUUCAGUUCGGUCUACAGUGAUACCAGCACUCCUGAUUUGACUCCUAGUAGUUCAUUCUCUUCCACCUACACCUCUGCACCGUGCCCCGACGCCGUUCUCAAGGCAACGGAGAAGCUAUACCAUCACGCACACCGUGCGCAGCCUGCGCCCUCUCGUGUCUUCUACCUGCCCGCAUCAACACCUCCUCAACAACUGCCUUUCAUUCCUCCUGUUCCAUCCAUCCCCAGAAAUUACACACGACCGACGACUCCCGUGGCCAUGAAAUACGAAUCCUCUAGUAUGUCCUCCUCAUCGCGCCGUCGCAAGGCCCCGCCCACGCUGCCUAGCUUGGCUCGUCGCCCCAGCUCUCAUGGUUCGCGAAAGAAGCAAGCCAGCCCCGGCAUGCGUACUCCAUUGGAUCCCUCCAUGAUCUCCCCUCCCUCCCUGAUCAAUCCGAUCACCAUGGAGCCUCAUGCGACCCAUUUCGAACAGGCGCUCUUCAUUCCUGCCAACGACUGCCCAAGCCCCAUCCCCAGUCCUUCGGCCAGUUCUCCUCCCAUCUCUCGUCAGUGGACUGCGACCUCCGCAGAGAGGCCGUCAACGUCGACCACAAUCGACGCCUUCUGUGAGCACUCGGUCUGGGAAUCGGACUCAGACAAUGAGUCGAUUGGUCACAAGUCUUUAUCUCGCAAGCCUAUCGAUACCUUGCGUAAGGUGCGAAGUCGUGCGAAGCUCCGUGCCGCCAAGUCUCAGCCCCGGUUGAACCAGCACUCCAGCUUGGAGUACGAAGCACCGGAGAGGUUUCCUUGUGUUGGGGACGACGUUUUUGGACCCUCCAUGCCUGAGCCUUGCCGUGGCGUCAGUCUCGACCGACCCAGCGCCAGCCGUGACGGGCUUCGUCCUCACCAUCCUCUUCAGACUCUACGGCUGGUGGCACCAUCUUCUACAUCGCUGCUCCACUCUCGUUCUCGAAACAACAGCCAUGGCCAUCUUCGUGAGUCUGAUGUGGAUCGAUCGACUGCUGCCGCCGUGCACGCCCAGUCCCGACGGCGUCAACACUCUGACUCGUCCGGUUGUAUUCAUGAAGAAUCUGACAAAUUGACGUCGAUGUGUUACGAGCAGCACGCACCAUUGCCCUUUGAAGAGCCCAAUGACCCGCGGCCCUUCUUCAAGCGAAUGAUGGAUUCUAUACGGUCUCUCAGUUGCCAAAAAUCUUUCUCAAAAUCAACAACCCCUCGUCCCUAA